AUGCCAGAUACUAAUAGCACAAUUAACUUAUCACUAAGCACUCGUAUUACUUUAGCAUUUUUUAUGUCUUUAGUAGCUUUUGCUAUAAUGCUAGGAAAUGCUGUGGUCAUUUUAGCUUUUGUGGUGGACAAAAAGCUUAGACAUAGAAGUAGUUAUUUUUUUCUUGGCCAUCUCUGACUUCUUUGUGGGUAA